UUAACGCGUUGCACUAUUAUAUAAAUCAUUAUUGAACGCAAAAGUACAAAAAAACACAGUUGGUGAUCGAAAGUACGGGACCAACCCGGUUUUAACAGAACAGAACAGAAUAUUUUAUUAGACGAUGGAGACCAGAGUUUACAAGCCGAACGAGCAGACGAAAAGUGGAGCAAUCGACGUCAGUAUCUUCAGUGAAGACAGUGAUUUAACAGACUUAACGUUGAUUGUCGAAGAGAUCCGCAUUCCUGUCAUCAAAGCAGUAUUGUCAUUGUCGUCACCCGUGUUUAAAAAAAUGUUUGAAGGCGAAUGGAAAGAAAAGAACCAGAGUGAGGUCUAUUUACCAGAGAAAAAGUUGGUUACGUUUGUUCCGUUUCUGUGCUGCCUUUACCCAAACCUUAAGGAGCGGAUCACAACUGAAAAUGCGGCGUUCAUACUCCCAUUAGCGUCUGAGUAUCAAGUUGUAAAAUUGAUGGAACAGUGUGAAGACACUCUGCUUACUUUCAUGGAGGGCACUGCGACCAAUGACAUGUCGUGCGAAGAAGUAUGUAAAUAUUUAAAAUUAGCUGAGCAACACGAGCGCACACGUCUGAGUGAAUAUUGUGUUCUACGGUUGUCGAGGUUUCCACUCUAUAAAAGGAAAAAGUGUCUCACUGAAAACAAUAUUUCCUUGGAAAAUCAAUGUAAGAUAGCAGAAGCUCAGUGUAAAAGACAUGAACUUGAUGAAAAAGAUGUCAAGUCGCUUAUUUACUUGUUUCCGGAAAAGACAAUCUUCCAGCAAAUAAGAGAUAUAGGAAGUACAGGCAACCCCUGUUAUGAGAAUAGCAUUGAACAUUCAUUUACGUCUGUUCGCGUGUCUUACUAUAUGUAUGGUAAAGAUUCCAAGAUAUACAGAGAUAUGCUUAAACGUUUGAAAAAGAAUGUAUGCAACAAAGAUAAAAAGUUUCUUCCCACAUACUCAGAUUUCGAAUAUUUACCAGAAGAUUUAAAAAAUGACUUACAGCGUGUAAUUCCUGGUUUUAGAAAGUAGUCACGUGGUAUGGCCACAAUAUGAUCAAUUGAUCAUGUGCAUAAUAGAGUGAUACUUAUGAAGACAUUAACAACUAGGGGUGUGGCAUUCAUAUUUUGUUUCAUUAUUAUACUAUAUAAAACGUUUUUAAAAUUAGUGUUAACAAACUUAGUUGUAGUACAAGUUAACCGAUAUAUCUCGUUCAUUGGUUAACAACAAUUUUUCAACCUAUUGUUUUUUAAAAUAUGAAAUUUAGUGUGUCGACUCACAAAGUAUAAUAUUUGUAAUAGGCUUUAUGUAUUAUAACAUGAUGUUAAAAGACAUGGAUGCACCCUUAUGCAAUUUUUGUCUCAAAACUCCGCUUAUUUCGAUAUAAUUCACCGAAAUAGUAAACAUCAAAAAAUAAAAUGGUGAUUAUUUUGACUUUAUAUGAGUUUAAUCACAAUCGCCCUUAUACUGUUCUUUUCAAGUCCAAAAUUGCUUAUUUUGUAAAAAUAACCAUACGUCUGCUUACCUUAACAAUUCACCAAAAUUCAAAAUAGCGUCGUAUGCGUAUGUAUUAAAUUGUACUGUUGCAUCGCUCAAAUAACUUUUGUAACAAUUAUGAGGUCGCCGUGGCAUAAUGGAUAUGAUGUCCGCCUAGCAACCGUGGGUCACGGUUUCGAUCUCCACUUCGGAGCGUUCUUUAGAUCUUCCCCAAAGACACGAAGUACUGGUUGUAGGCCCAGGAAACGGACUCGAGAGCGUUUGAAUAAGCCUGAGGCUUUUGAUGCAAUCGAGCUAAAAUAAGUAGGUUUAAACUAAUUCAUUUGGGGAACAUUUUUUUAUGUAUAUGACAUCAAUUUAUUUCACACUUUAAGCAAACUAUGUAAUGUUGUAAUACAAAAUUUUUAUAAGUAGGUUAUGUAUCAAUAUUCAGAGGAUGUUAACAGACCAGUUAGCAGUAAGGGUGUAUUUGGAAAAUCUACGUCUGUACAGGCAUUUUUCGAAAUUAUAUUGUAGAGACAGUUAUUGUUAAAAUUACAGUUACUAAUGAAGGGCGAUUGCUUAAAUCAGAAAUAACCACAAUACAUGUAAAAUAGGGAGAUAAAAGUAUGUGCCGUUAUAUAAUGGACAAUUAACCUGCUGUUGGUGAUGAAACCAGGAACUGCUUAAAUUGCCACUUUGUUAUGUUGUAAGACAACGGUUCUUGGUAAAAUGGUUGUACCUAUUUGUAGACUUCCAUACAUAGAAUUAUUCUGUCCAUUUAUGACCUUGAUAUUUUUGUGCCUGUUAUCUUGUUUUAAAAGAAAAAAAAAUGUUACAUGUAAAUACAAAUUAUGUAUGCACGAACUUGUAUACAAUCUGAAGCUUAGAUGGUUUAAAAUUGUAUAUGGUAUUGUGUCUUAAGUUUUAAGGUAAAGCUUUUUGACUUUUCACUGAUAAAGAAUGGCUCUAAACCCCUUUAACUGUAAAUAUGUUAUAUACUUUAAUCCUAAUGAUUACAUAGGUUUUAGCUAGUUCCCGUACGUUUAAUGACAUAGAACCAGGAGUUAGUAGGACACAAAAAAGGAUCAUGUAAUAAGAAUAGCAAUGUUGUCUCUAUAAUUAAAACAUGAUGAUGAGUAUCCAUACCAUGAAAAAACUACAUUCCUAAAAGUUUCUAAUUUUCAGUGCUCUGUCGCUUGUUUUGAAAAGGUCUAUAUCGUUUUCUUUUUUUAGUAUCAACAACCAUCCGUUCGAACCUUGUUGUUUUUCCCAUCCGUGAACAGGGCUUAUUAACCUCUGGGUGUUUAUUUUUAGCAAUACAAAUAUUUGCUUCAGAGAUCGAAUGCUGAAAGCUUUCUACAACAUAUUUACGUUAUGUAAAAUGUGUAGAAGCAUGGACCAAUAAUUACGUAAUUUCAGUAAUUUAUUUAUUAACUUUUUUAGAGUCUUUUAAUAUAGGUAACAUGCGGAUCAUAUAUAUGUAUAAACUACAAAUUCUAUUUGUAACUUCUAAUUCUGGUAACUAAAACUUGUCAGAAGAUCUUUUAUAAGAUAGGUCCCAGAAUAAUUCACGAGCCUCCUUUGGGUUUUUAACCAGGUUUUCCGAAGGAAAAAACUGGUUAUUAGAUUGGCGAAUGCGGGCGGGCUGGCUGGCGGGCUGGCGGGCGGGCGGAACAAGCUUGUCCGGGCCAUAACUAUGUCGUUCAUUGUCAGAUUUUAAAAUCAUUUGGCACAUUUGUUCACCAUCAUUGGACAAUGUGUCGCGCGAAAUAAUUACGUCGAUAUCUCCAAGGUCAAGGUCACACUUUGAGUUCAAAGGUCAAAAAUGGCCAUAAAUGAGCUUGUCCUGGCCAUAACUAUGUCAUUCAUUGUGAGAUUUUAAAAUCCUUUGGCACAUUUGUUCACCAUCAUGGGACGGUGUGUCGCACGAAAGAAUCACGUCAAUAUCUCCAAUGUCAAGGUCGCCACGACUAAAAAUAUAUAUUUUUAAAAAACAAACUUACAAAGGGGGUUAAUUUUGUUUGUUCAUUUCAAAAGUUCAGUUUGAGUUUUCUCCAUUUAUCAGAUUUUUUUUUCACAAUGAAAACCUGGUUUUGUGACAAUUUUGUCCCUUGUCAUUAUUUUUGUUUUCAGUUUUCACAAAGAGAUUUCACUUGCAGAGGUUUGUUGAUAGCUCCUUCUUAAUCAAAUUGCAAGCGAUGCAAUUAAGAAUGGUGUAAUAAGUAAGAUUUCAAUUGCAGAUACAGAGGUCUCGACAUUAUAUAAACAGGAAACAAUUUUUUAAAGACUGUGAACGUAGUUUGUUGAUUGUGUGUAUUUUAUACUUAAUCUCGAGUCCAAUAAUGGAAUCUGAUUUAAUAUUAAUAACGUUAUUUCAUAUUAUAUAGAUACACUGUUUAAGAAAUGAACUACAUUAAUUUGGCGUUGCUUAUUGUUUUAAAGCACUCUCAAUUGUUUCUUUGUAAGCACUGAAUGUUCCUAUGUAAUUUAUAACUGAGUAAGUGGCGAAAGCAUACUUACUGGUAUGUAUGUUUUAUUACUUAAGUUUGUGAUGAAAUUAUGUUUAAUGACGUAAGAUCUAAAGUUUAUUUGACUAUUUAAUUAGCCUUUAACCUUUUACGAGUACUUAUGAUAUGUUCUAUUCUUAACAAUCCUCACACGUUUAAAAUGACCAUAUUGUUUUUUCUUGGUCUGCCAUUUCAAGUUUUGUGAUCAUCUGAUUUCAAAUAAAGCUAUAAAUUCUGUCAGAUUAUUAAUGUAUUGUCAUCAAUUGCAUUAAUUUAGCGUUUAUUGAUGCAUUUAUACACAUAUAAGGUAAAAGUGUAUGUAUGUUUGUAUGCUAUAGUUAAUGUAAUAUUGUUAAAUUUUACUUUUAUUUAGUUUUUCCCCAGUUGUCCUGCCGUGCAAGAUAUCAUGUCAUUGAUCAAUGACAACAUCGGUAGAUUUAUGCUCAUAAUAUAAUUUAUGCAAGAUUAUACAAGAACAAUUUAGAACAUAAAUUUAUCAGUUCAAAUAUAGGUGUAAGACUCCAAAAUCAUAAUGUAAAUGCUUGAAAAUAUUCGCAACAAACUCAUUUUGAAAAAAAUACACAGUAUUAACGGGUAAAUUUUAUUAAAAGCACGUUAUUGUGCCAGAUGUAAGAUUACUUAUUUCUCAGCAAGCCAUUGUUACAGCAGGGAUGCAUUGUUGACAUCGGCAGUGCUGCAUGUGUAUGUCAGUCCAAACGUCAGUGCACUCACUACCAGAUGAUUUAUUUCAUAGUUAACUUUUUCAAUAAAAAUAGGUGUGUCAAGUUCGGGAAACACAGAAUUUUAGAAGUUAAAAUCAUUAUAUACACAGAAAUCUUCUUCUAAAGUACACAAAUCUGACAUACUGUUUCUAAGAUUGUCAAACAGUUUUGUAAUCUGAAGAUAGUAUGACGUUAUUUGUCAUUUGAAAACUCGCCAAAACUCCCUUGGUUUGUGUUUUAAUCAAUUUUCAAUCUCUAUAUGUUUUACCUAUAAUAAUAUGUCUUUUUUCUUGUGAAUUAAGUCCUUAUAAUAUAUAUUGCUUGUACAUAAACGUU